UGUGUGUGUGUCCAAGCGUUCUUUUGCUCGAGGUCUUCCCCACUGCCAGGCCUUUUAUGAAUACCGGCGGUAAGCAGCAGAAGCCGGUGCUAACAGGGCAGCGCUUUAAGACCAGGAAGAGGGAUGAGAAGGAGAAGUUUGAGCCGUGUGUGUUCCGUGACAGUAUCGUGGUCGGCCUGAACGAGAGUGGGGGCGAUCUGGACGCGGUCUCCAAGUUCCUGGAUGUGGCCGGCUCGCGCCUCGACUACCGUCGCUAUGCCGACACGCUCUUCGACAUCCUCAUCGCGGGGAGCAUGCUCGCUCCCGGUGGAACUCGCAUCGACGACGCCGACAAGACCAAGCUGACGGAACACUGUGUCUUCAACGCCGAGGAGACCCACGCCGUCAUCCGCAACCAUGCUCAGGUGUUCCACAAGCUCAUCCGGAGGUAUAAAUACCUGGAGAAGGCCUUCGAGGAAGAGAUCAAGAAGCUCCUGCUCUUCCUGAAAGCGUUCUCGGAGGCGGAGCAAACCAAGCUGGCCAUGCUGACCGGCAUCCUAUUGGCCAACUGUACGCUGCCUCCACCAAUCAUCACCAGCCUCUUCAGUGACAACCUGGUCAAGGAAGGCAUCUCUGCGUCGUUCGCUGUGAAGAUGUUUAAGGCCUGGAUGGCGGAGAGGGACGCCAGCUCUGUCACAUCCGCACUGAGGAAGGCCAACCUGGACAAGAGACUAAUGGAGCUCCUGCCAGCCAAUAAGCAGACGGCCGAGCACUUCUGUAAGUACUUCAAUGAGGCGGGGCUUAAGGAGGUGUCAGAGUUCCUUCGCACGCAGCAGACGCUCGGAACCAGGAAGGAACUCCAGAGAGAACUCCAGGAACGCCUGUCACAGGAGUGCCCCAUACGAGAGCUGGUGGUGUACGUGAAGGAGGAGAUGAGGAGGUGUGGCCUGCAGGAGAGCGCUGUGAUUGGUCUGCUGUGGAACUGCCUCAUGAACGACGUCGAGUGGAACAAGAAGGAGGAGCUAGUCACGGAACAAGCACUCAAACACCUCAAGCACUACGCGCCGCUGCUGGCCGUGUUCAGCUCUCAGGGCCAAUCAGAGCUGGUGCUGCUGCUGAAGAUCCAGGAGUAUUGCUAUGACAACAUCCACUUCAUGAAGGCCUUCUCCAAGAUCGUCGUGCUCUUCUACAAAGCGGACGUGCUGAGCGAGGAGGCCAUUUUGAAGUGGUAUAAAGACGGCCACUCCGCGAAGGGCAAGAGUGUGUUCCUGGAACAGAUGGGCAAGUUUGUGGAGUGGCUACAGAACGCUGAGGAAGAGUCUGAGUCUGAAGGAGAGGAGGACUAGCCGCAGGGAUCAUGUCCUCUUUGAUGACCUUUAACCUGUGACCUGCAAUGACCUGUUAGUCCCCGCUAGAUAUGAACACUGGAUACCGAGUUAUAACCCCCUAGAUGUGCACCCUAGACACCGUGAUUUAAAAUGAAUACCUACCAACCAGCCAAAUGCUGCUGCUGUUUGGCUGUCUGUUUGGCUGGUAGAAAAUACCAACUUACCUGGUACCCGGUACUAGCCACUUUGACCCAUUAGUGAGUGUGCGUU